GUGGUGGUAAAGUGCACAGCGCCGGAAUCUGGCAGAGACACGCAGAGCAGGACGAACUAAUAAACUGGAAUAUUAAUGCAGUACUGGAUUUCAGAGACACGAUUAUGUUAAGAAUAAUUCUGGACCAGUAAUAAUCAGCAUAAUACACCAUAAUUACUGCAGUGCUGAGUGUCAAGCAGUGGGAUGAAGCUGAACAAACACAAACCAGCUCAACUCACAGAGAUGGAGUUUGGGGGUAUUUUGGGUGCAACCUGUAUCCCCGUGUUCCUCCCUCUGACGGUUCUGUAUCUGCUGAGUGUGUGUCGGACUCCAAGUGGUGCUCUGCUGCAAUGGCCCCCGCCUCUGCCCCACCCUGCUUUCUUGUGGGACCCUUUAGCUGCUGUUAUCAUCACUGGCUGGAUCGGCCUACAGAGUGCCCUAUACCAGUUUCCUGUGGGGAGGGUAUCAGAAGGACUGGCAUUGAGAGAUGGAACCAGACUGAAAUAUCAGAUCAAUGGCUUCCACGCCCUCUGUAUGACGGCCAUGCUGCUGGGUCUGUGUGUGAGUUUGGGUAUGCCACUGGGUUACCUGUUCGAUCUGAUUUUGCCGUUGGCAGUGUGUGCGAUCUGUGUUUCAUACCUACUUGCCCUCUACUUGUACAUCGGCUCCUUCUGGGCACCUGCACAUGCUCUCGCACUUGGAGGAAACACAGGGAACCCUCUGUAUGAUUUCUUCAUUGGCCGGGAGCUGAACCCUCGAAUUGGCUCUUUUGACCUGAAAUUCUUCUGUGAGCUGCGGCCUGGAUUAAUAGGCUGGGUGGUGCUCAACAUGGCAAUGAUGAUGAAGGAGGUGGAGCUCAGAGAUUCUCCAUCUCUGGCUAUGUUGCUGGUCAAUGGGUUCCAGCUGCUUUAUGUGAUGGAUGCUCUGUGGAAUGAGGAGGCUGUGCUGACCACCAUGGACAUCGUGCAUGAUGGGUUUGGGUUCAUGCUGGCAUUUGGGGAUUUAGCAUGGGUUCCGUUUACAUAUGGCCUUCAGGCCAUGUUUCUGGUUGUGCAUCCCCGGUCUCUCAGUCCGCCCACUGUGAUCGGGAUCAUACUGCUGAACGGACUUGGAUAUUAUAUCUUCCGUAAAUCCAAUUCGCAGAAAAACCAGUUUAGGAGAGACCCAAAUCACAGAAGUGUUGCACAUCUAGAGACUAUUGCCACUGCCACAGGAAAGCGUCUGUUAGUGUCCGGUUGGUGGGGUUUCGUAAGACACCCGAACUAUCUUGGGGACAUCCUCAUGGCAUUGGCCUGGUCCCUGCCCUGUGGUUUUUCCCACAUUCUUCCAUAUUUCUACGUAAUUUAUUUCUCCAUCCUGCUGGUCCAUCGGGAAGCGCGAGAUGAACGACAAUGCAGAGCCAAAUAUGGCAUAGCCUGGGACAACUACUGUAGACGGGUUCCUUACAGAAUCAUACCCUACAUCUACUGACUUCUACCAGAAAGUCCACAAACAACUGCUACUGACUAGCCCUUACAAGCCCUUAUGAGGUAAACUGUAACUGUAAAGUUGGAACAGGAAACACUUAGACAGGGCCAUGCUACUUUAGAACCAGGAUCAAAAAUCGCUGGUUCUCAGGCCAAGAUCUUUUUCAUAUUACAGACUGGCUUGGAGAACCACAUCUGAACAUACAAAACAUUUUAGAAGCUGAACUCAAAUUAUACAAUCUUAAUCUAAAUAUAAAUUAUAGAAUAUAAAUCAUCCUUAUGUGCAGGAUUGUAACAUUGUAUUGUAUAUUUUUCCUGUAUUAUUUGAAAAAUAAUUUAUAAAAUGUGAUUAAUAAAACACACUCUGCCACAG